AUGCAGCCAAACCAGGUGGAAAUUGAUGAAGCUUUGGCAGCGUCUCUGCUGUACGAUGAUCCUGAAUCGAUAAUUUACGAUGAAGUUACUGCAAGGCAGAUUCAACAACGAGAAGAAGUGAAUGGUUCGACCUCCCUUCACUGUGGAAGUUCAUCACAUCAACAAGGUCAUGUUGGGGGUUCCAUAGAUACUUCAUCUCACAGUUUUCAGUCUCCUCCUCCUAGUGGUGAUGUUGAUCCUGACAAUAUGACUUAUGAGGAACUGAAUGAAUUAGGAGAAUCAAUUGGAGCGGUCAACAAAGGAUUGUCCAAGAGUAGAAUCGAUCAAAUACCAACGUAUAAGUUUGGCGCGAGUUCGUGGUUUAGAAAGAAAGCUUCUAGCUCCGGAGAAACUGAGUGUUCGAUAUGUCUUAUUGAAUUCAAGAAAGGAGAUACGAUAUCGACUUUGCCAUGUGCUCAUAUCUAUCAUAAGGAAUGCAUUUCACAUUGGUUGGAGGAAAACAAGAUUUGCUGCGUUUGCAAAGCUGAAGUUGGACCAUAG